UUCAGAAGUUCCAGACCCAUAACUCUCUCCCUCUAGGGAAAACGCUCUCUCGCUCUAAUCUUUAUAAUGUUUGUCCUUUCCUGAACGCCAAUCACUGAUUUCAAUUUCCCGUCCAAAUCUCUGUAUUCCAAUUCAUCGAUUCGCCGGCCGCCGGUUGUUAUGUGUUUGUGAUCUUCCUUUCUUUAAGAAUAAUGUUAGAUUUAAUGAAUUGUUUUCCCGACGACCUCAGCAUUUCCGAAGGCGUGAACUCCGGCAAAAGCUCAAUGAGCAGUGGAAGCGAUCAGAGCCAGUGCACCAGCUUCAGCCGUCUCUCCUUUGAGAUCCUCACCAACUCGCCGGAGCAUAAUCCGGCGACGCUCAUGCCGCGCCGCUCUUCGGAUUCUUCGUUUCAAACCAUCAUCAGCGGCGGCGCCGGCGGGCCGAGCUUCAGGGACUUCAGCCUUCUCCGGCAGAUCGGCAGCGGGGACAUCGGAAGGGUGUACCUCUGCCGGCUCCGCGGCGGAGACGAGGAGGCGAGGGCGCGGCUCUACGCCAUGAAGGUGGUGGACAAUGAGGCGUUGGCGGUGAAGAAUAAGGUUCGGAGAGCGGAAACGGAGCGGAAAAUCAUGCGAAUGUUAAACCACCCUUUCUUGCCGACCCUCUUCGCCGAAUUCCAAGCCUCCCAUUUCAGUUGUGUGGUUAUGGAGUACUGUCCCGGCGGCGAUUUGCAUUCUCUCAGACACAAACUGCCUCACAAGCGCUUCUCUCUAAGCUCUGCUAGGUUUUAUGCUGCGGAGGUUUUGGUGGCACUAGAGUAUCUUCACCUAUUAGGAAUAAUUUACAGGGAUUUAAAACCAGAAAAUGUGUUGGUUAGAUCGGACGGUCAUAUUAUGCUAACGGAUUUUGAUUUAUCUCUUUGUUCCGACGCAAUAAUGCCGGCUGUACAGUCGCCGGAUAUUUCCGUGUACCCGCAAACGUCGCCAGCGGCGACACGUAUAAGAACCCCGUUUUCUUGCAUUUCCGACCGGCUUUUCCGGUCGAAGAAAAUCCAAACGCUGUCCAACAGCCGGUUGUUCGUGGCGGAGCCGAUCAGCGCCCGAUCAUGCUCCUUCGUGGGGACCCACGAGUACGUGGCGCCUGAGGUGGCCUCCGGCGGGUCCCACGGCAACGCCGUGGAUUGGUGGGCGUUCGGGAUAUUCAUGUACGAGAUGAUCUACGGAGGAACUCCGUUCGCGGGUGCAUCGAAUGAGGAUACGCUGCGGAACAUAGUACAGAAGCCCCUGACGUUCCCGAACGACGCGGCAGUUGGGACGAGCGAAAUGCACGCGCGGGAUUUGAUCUCCGGGUUGCUGAUCCGAAACCCGACAAGGCGACUCGGGGCAAGGCGCGGGUCGGCCGACGUGAAGACCCACCCGUUUUUUAAGGGCUUGAAUUUCGCGCUUAUAAGAUCGGUGACGCCCCCCUCGGUGCCCGGGAUUCGGAGACAGAAGACGACGUCGCAUCCGGGUGACGGCUCCAGCCAUCAUACGGCGCCGUUUGAUUUCUUCUGACCAUGACAAUUUAGCCAUGGAGUUUUGAUUUUUACUAUGGGAAAGAGUAAAGAUUCCUUCUGAUUAUCACACUGUCAUUGCUGUACAAGCCAACAGUUAUGUAUGUACUACGUACUAGUGAUCAAACUAGAUGAGGAUGGAGUUGAAACUGCACUGCAGUAUAUAUGUUAAUGACAAAGCCAACUUUUAAGGACCAA